GCUGCAGUACCGCGAGUGACCACUGGGAGAAACUGGCUGCAAGGAUGUUAUUAUACAUCCAUGCUGGACUCUGGCGUGAUCUGUUGCAUCUUCCUCUCAGCUGCAGUUUAAAGCUGCGUUCACCAGUCUGAGUUUAAAAUCCUCCUUCAGGACUUUAAACAGACCUGAGACAUCGAACACAGAUCUCAUCAUCUCACCUGUGUUCACCUGUGUUCGUUCAGCCAAUAGAAACACUUAUUUUAGUGUUUCAUCACCAUGUUCAGCAUCAUCACUCUAUCAGAUAUAAAAUGUAGCAUCAGUGACAUAUGAUGUGACAUCAUGUCCGAGUGCACCUUUAAACAAAUAUGGAGAGUAAUAUAUUAGUAACACUGAUUAUCCUUUCAUAUUAUAUUAUAUUAUAUUAUAUAACAUUAUGGGAUUAUAGUUGGUGAUGCAUUAAUGUGAAAUGAAGCUGCUCAUGUUAAUGACUUUAUACUGUCGUCCAGUCUCAGUAAACCCACCAACAGCUGUUUUAACUUGAAUCAGCUUGUGUUGUUAUUCACUAUUUGAAGACAUUAAUGUUGCUGCAGUAAAACAAACUGACUUCAAAAGUGACGUGAAGUAUGAAGAACGUACUCAGAAUUCAGAUUAAAAUAUUGAAGUUUGAACCUCUGACAUGUGGCCACGCCCCUCCCUGUAAGCCACACCCCCGUGGUGACAUCAUCACAGCCUCCAUCAGCAGCAGCUCAGACUGAGGCUCGAAGGUUAAACCUGCAGUGAAGCUUCAGCUCCUCACACAAAGGAAAAGAAGAAGAAGAAGAAGAAAAUGGCUGAUUCGACCAGCAGCAACCACUCCGACUCUUCAUCACCAUCAUCAUCCAACAACUCCUCCUCUUCCUCAUUCAGAGACCUCACAGUCUCAGCCGUACAGCUCGUCCACUGGAAACAACCAAAGAAGUCAGCAGCGGCAUUCAGCCUGUCACUGCUGGUUCUGGUCUCCGUGGCAACGCUGUCCGUCAUCAGUGUGGUGUCCUACCUGCUGCUGGCCUGCCUCUGUAUCACCAUCACCUUCAGGGUUUAUAAAUCUGUGAUCCAGGCUGUCCAGAAGUCAGACGAAGGCCAUCCAUUCAAGUCUCUGCUGGACCGGGACAUCUCUCUGUCCCCGGAGACGGUCCGGAUGCUGGCGGAUCAGUCUCUGGUUCAUGUGAACUGGUUGAGCAGUCAGACCAGGAGGCUGCUGCUGGUGGAGGACCUGGUGGACUCUCUGAAGCUGGCUGCUGUCAUGUGGGUGAUGACAUAUGUUGGAGCUGUCUUUAAUGGCAUCACCAUCCUCAUCCUCGCCGACAUCAUCUUCUUCACAACACCACUCAUCUACCAGAAGAGAAAGACACAGAUUGAUCGGCACAUGGAGAUGAUUCGGUCCAGAUUGGAGGAAACGCUGCAGAAGCUGCAGGACAGGUUACCAGGAGCUGUGAAAAGAGCAAAAGCUGAGUAACCUUCAGACACGCUGUGGCUCCUCCCCCUCUCCUCUGAUUGGCCCGUUAGUCAGUGACUCACCUGUCAAUCACCUGAGUCUCAGUUUGUUGUCAAAGUGUUGUAAUAAAAUCUGACUGAUAACAAAACAACA